GCUUGUGGUAUAAGAGCUACAGAACAUGUGGGACGCAGUUUACCUGGACUUGUAAAUCGAAGAAUUCUACUGAAUCAGCAAACGGCGUUGCUCUCUGGCGUACAGUUCGACCUUGAGAACGCUUUGAGUUUACCUGGACUUGUAAAUCGAAGAAUUCUACUGAAUCAGCAAACGGCGUUGCUCUCUGGCGUACAGUUCGACCUUGAGAACGCUCUGAGUCCAGCUCCACAUUUGAGGAGUGCACUGAAAUGUUACGUAACUGCAUUUUUUACAAAGCAGCAACUGGAUUUUGAUGCAAAACGAAAGGUGUCUGAAAUCGCAGUGAAAGGGCGCAGCAAAUCGUUGCACGACGUUACGCGACAGGCGGAGAAAGAGAAAUGA